AUGGCGAUGGAGAUGAACAUCAUCGUUGACCGUGAGAUGUGGGGGAGGGGGGAGAAAGAUAAGAAGAAGGUCGAUGGAGAAGAAGGAAUCGGAAGGACUCUUUCGCAAAAUCAGCUCAUCACUCUCCCCCUUCUCGAUCGCUUCCUCUCUCUUGCUCGAAGAAGAGGAAGAAGAGAGAGACUUCUAAAUGUGGUGGUGUUCUAUAGUGGCGACGUUGGCAGGACGAUGAUGUCGAGGUCAAAGAUGCGGUUUGGUGGUGCAAGGGCGUUGCUGUGA